CAGGGUGUGAGAUAUUGAUGAGCUGAGCAUGAACAACCCAGCAAAUCUUUGCCCUUCGCUGUCGAUAUUGAAGCAUUGCAGGACACUCAAGUCCGUCAAGAUCGUGCAUGCCCGCCUCUGCAAAACCGGCGUCGACACCCAUCCUCUGUUCGCCGGAAAACUCCUCCUUCACUGCGCCAUCACCAUCUCUGACGCCCUCGACUAUGCUCGCCGUCUCUUCCUUCACUUCCCGAACCCCGAUACGUUCAUGUACAACACCCUCAUCCGGGGUUUUACUGAGUCCGAUACCCCCCAUAAUUCUUUUUGGUUGUUCGAUGAAAUGCGUCGGAAAUCGGUCGCUCCUCCUGACAGUUUUUCUUUCGCAUUCAUGCUUAAAGCAGCCGCGAAUCUGCGGUCUUUGAGGGCUGGAAUUCAGCUUCACUGUCAAGCUCUGGUUCAAGGGCUGGACACCCAUGUUUUUGUUGGGACGACCAUGAUAAGCAUGUACGGGGAAUGUGGGCAUGCUCACUUCGCGAGGCAAGUGUUCGACGAAAUGCGUGACCCCAACGCUGUUUCUUGGAAUGCGAUCAUUACUUCUAGUUUUCGUUGUGGAGACUUGAAGCUUGCUAAGGCUAUGUUUGAUGCGAUGCCUUUUAGGAAUUCAACUUCGUAUAAUGCCAUGCUUGCAGGGUACACGAAAGCAGGACUGCUUGACCUUGCUAUGGAGGUGUUCUCUGCAAUGCCCUUGAAGGAUGAUGUAUCAUGGAGUACUAUGAUUGUUGGAUUUGCACAUAAUGGCUGCUUUGAUGAGGCUUUUAGAUUUUUCAGGGAUUUGCAGCGAAUAGGGAUGAGACCAAAUGAGGUGAGCUUGACUGGAGUUUUAUCUGCGUGUGCUGAUGCAGGGGCAUUUGAGUUUGGGAAAGUUUUACAUGGAUUUAUAGAGAAAUGUGGGUUUUCAAAUAUCAUCUCUGUGGCUAAUGCAUUGUUGGAUACUUACUCUAAGUGCGGUAAUAUACACAUGGCUCGGUUGGUCUUCGAGAUGAUGCUACACCAAAGAAACAUUGUUUCAUGGACUACCAUGAUUGCAGGCUUGGCAAUGCAAGGUUAUGGGGAAGAAGCAAUAGAACUUUUCCAUAAAAUGAAAGGGUGUGGAAUUGUGCCUGAUGGAAUAACCUUCAUUUCCAUCCUAUAUGCUUGUAGUCAUUCUGGGUUGAUUGAAGAAGGUUGGAAGUACUUUUCUAUGAUGAAAGAUAUGUAUGGAAUAGAGCCAGCCAUUGAGCAUUAUGGUUGUAUUGUUGACUUAUAUGGCAGGGCUGGUCAACUUCAGAAGGCCUAUGACUUUGUCUGUCAAAUGCCUGUUGCCCCUACGUCUAUCAUUUGGCGAACUCUUCUAGGGGCUUGCAGCAUUCACAACAAUGUCAAGAUAGGGGAGCAAGUUAGGAAAAGGCUUUCUGAGAUUGAUCCCACCAAUUCUGGUGACCAUGUGCUGCUGUCAAACAUAUAUGCUGUUGCAGGGAAAUGGAGGGAUGUUGCUACAAUUCGAAGAUCAAUGAGAGACCAGAGAAUGAAGAAAAAUCCUGGUUGGAGCAUGAUUGAAGUAGACAAGACCAUGUAUGGUUUUGUUGCUGGUGAAAACCAGGGUGAGAUUGCAGAAGAGGCUAAUGAGAAGUUGACGGAGAUCAUGUUGAGGUUAAGGGUUGAAGGAGGUUAUGUUCCAGAGCUCAAGAUGGUCUUGCAUGAUCUAGAAGAGGAGGAAAAAGAAGAUUCAGUGUCUAGGCACAGUGAAAAGCUUGCUGUAGCAUUUGGAAUGUCAAGAUCGUGCAAGGGCAGCACUAUCAAAAUAGUGAAGAAUUUGAGGAUUUGCCGGGAUUGUCAUGCAUUUAUGAAGCUCGUCUCCAAACUCUAUAAACUAGAGAUUCUGGUGAGAGACAGAAGUCGCUUUCAUUUCUUCAGGGAUGGUUCUUGCUCAUGUCGAGAGUACUGGUGAUGGUUAAGUAAGAAUAGUUAAUGAAGACUCCAUGCUAGAAAUUGUGACAUGACGCAGUAUAAACUAGUAUGAAGCCUGAAAGAUAACAAAAGGGUUUUUUUUUUGUGUUUUGCUAGGUCAGAGAUUUCACUUAGAGGUAAAUGGCAUAACUCUGUUUAUAGUAUGAAACUCUUCUAGUGGCAGAAAAAACAGAAACAUAAGUGGAAACCACUGGAGGCUUCACAUUUCUUUAAGCAUCAGCUAAAGCAAGAAUUUGAGGAGCUUCAUAUGCAGUCUGGUAUUUGUUGAUUGUUUGGAUUCUGAUUUAUCAAAAAGCACGACAUAAUGAUGGGGAUGCCCUUUGUACGAGUUUGCAUUACAUCCAUCCUAGAAAGCCACGAGCUUGCAAAAAAAAAGGAAAGCUACCUUAGAAAGUACCCCUUCCGGGAACAUCUAGUACUCAUGAUACAAAAAAGACUUAGCUUCAAAGUGGAUGUUCAGUGUAAAGAGCACAUUAUUACUUGUGUCUGCCUACCUGGUGGGGGGACAUUAUUGUGGUUAAACAGGACACCUGACUUUACAAAUCUGAGGGCCUUGGUGGCUCAGAAUGCCCCCUCACGCAUUCAGGAGACACAGUCCAUAAAACCUGAUUUUGAGGUUUGAGGGAUUCCAUAUUUCCAACCCCCUCUUCCUUGGUAACUGAGAUAGCCGUGACCUGGUUAUUGAGAGCCAGCAAUUGGCGCUGGGUUUUAUACAGGACUACAAUAAGAUCACUAUUGGGAUCUUUUGGUGACACUCGAUGUAGAUUGGCAGCCUGAUCUUUUUGUGCUGAUUGCUCUGAAUUAUAAAAACUGUUCAAAGAAGAAUGUACUUGCACAAGAGCAGCAAGUUGCAUUGAGAUUGUUCUUCCAUCCAUGGAGCUAUGCCUUUAGACCCCCUGCUUAAUAUAUACCAUCCAAAUUCAGACCUGAUGAAUAUUGAGCUGCUUUCUUCAUAUAUGGCAAUGCUGCAAGUAAGCUCCAUUAGAUCCACAUUUCCAAAGGUAUAUUGUAGUUCUCCCAAAUUUUCAAGGCAUGUGGCAUCCAAACUCUUGUUAUGCCGUGUGGUUGUAAUGGUUGUAUUGUAUGUACUCAGCUUUCUUGCUUGUAGUUUCUAUGCAUUUUGGUAGUUGUAAUUGGCUUCCAUGAGUUCCUUGUUGACAACAACAUUCAGCUUGGAGGAUAAACAGUUAAGUCAAAGCUUUUUGGCCGGAUCAUUUGUUGUUUCAGUUUAAUUGAAAGCAAAAACAACUUUCUUUUUUUCCCACAAAUUAAAAUAUUAUUCAAAUUUCUAAAAAUUACAAUAAUAUCAUAUGUGAAUCUGCAUAUCAAACACUUGCAUUUUGUGAAAGUUUCAAGUGUUUUCAGUUUGUAAAGAAUCAAAAUACAUGAAUUGUAAGGUUUUAUUAAGCAAGAAGUAAAAAGUAAAAGUCAAUUCAGACAAUAGCCAUGUCCAAUUUUAGUUGUAGCAUGAAGCCAUUAAAAAAAAAAAAAGGUGUUCAUAUCUUCAUUGAGAAUGUCUGUGAAUUACUCAUUUCUAGUGUCAACUCAUCGUCUGGUUGGUUUCCUUGGCUAGACUUAUUGUUGAUCUUUGUUUUUUUUUUCUUUUAUGGUGGCUAUAAUCUGUUAAUAGAUAAACAGAGUGCACUUCCAUUGUUGAGUCUUUUUCUUUUUUGGUCUUUUUCACAAUAUUUACUGGCAUGCGCAUGAUGUUAAUCUCUUGGAACCAAUUUCAUCUGCAUCUGUCCUCAUUUAUCUUCGGGUGAUGCUAUUUCUGCACCUUAAGUGACUAAUUGACCCAGCUGUUUAGUGAACAGAUUGAAAUACCCCUUUUUGAGUCAAUCUACUCUGGCGUAUCUAGUUCUUGUGAUUUGCUUGCUUUUUUCUUUUUCUUUUUUUAUCUCUUUUUGGUCUAAAAAUCUUGUUCCCGUGAUUUACAAUCCCUCAAUUACAAAGUUCUCCUUGGAUAGCCCUUCUUUGUUUGACAGUACUUUCCCAUGGAAAGCACUUAUUGUUGGCUAAUCUUCUUUUUUGGAACAGUCAAGCCAACUGCUGUGAGGAUGCUGGCCAAAAGGAAAAAAAGAAACUGCUAUGAGGAGGACCAAAAAAAAAAGAGUCAAUUUUAGUCUUUGACUUCUGAUGAUAAGAGACAUGCCGUUCCACUUUCAUUGAAGAGGAUUUCUUGCGAGAAAGAUCAGCUUUUCAUGCAGUUAGCUGCUUAGUGAAUACUUCAGGGUAGAAAUGCAUUGAAAAUUCAUCAGUUAUCUAUCGCUUAGUUAUGAGAAAAGUAGAAUUGGCUUCUCCAUUUGAAAACCAUGAAUUUACUGAAAUUGAGAAUAAAAGAAUGGUUUAAGAAGGGAAAAUUGAUGGAGUGCUUUAAAGCUUAUUUAAGAAGGAAAAUUGAGUUUUGGCUCAAAUAAGAAAAGUUGAUUAAUAAUAGCAAUAGUUAACUAAUAUCUAAUGAUAAAUUAUAUGCAGAAAAAAAAAAGUUAUAUGGAAACAGGAAACUUGUUCAGUGGAUAAUUUGGUUCAUUUUAGAUGGACACCGUACCUUAAUAUAGAAUAAUCAAAAUUUAAAGACCUGAUUUUCUGAGAUGGAAUGCUCAUGAGUAAGAUUUUGGGAUAUUCCAAUUCAACCAAUCCGACAUUUUUCCAACAAUUGGGAUCCUAUCUGUUUUUCCAUUCUUUUCAGAAGAACAAUUCUUCCACUGUGUUUUAGAAUGAUAGAGCUUGUAUGGUUAUACAUAAAGCUAUAUCUUAUACAUAUAUAGGUUUAAUUUUCACGCAGUGUGUACUUCUCUAAGUACUAGUUCAUAUCAUACUUCCAAAAGGGAGAAUAAACACUAAAUUAAUAACCAACAUGCAACACCAUGCAUACUAUGGAUAUAUGAAUUUAUGCCUAGUCAAUAUAUUUUAUAAAUUUGGAACAUAAAAAUGAUAAUAGUUGGAUAUGACCUGAAAGAUAAGAAUACAAAUGAAGGAAACAGGGUACUUAUCACAGGCAAUUACUAGAAGUUCAAAAUACUGAAAUAGAAAGCAAUUUUGAGCUGCAAAAAUUGUUGACUUCUUGUAACUCCCUUGCUUGAACCAAUCCACCACAUAUAAUCUUGCGAACAUGAGCAAUCUUAUGCCAAUCUUCUCCACUCUCUCCUUGGCAUCUUUCCAUCCCUAUGGGACAACUAGAUAGCUCCAACUCUAGUAAACCAGCGAGAGAACAUACUGUCGUCGGCAAAGAUUUUAAUUUCCGGCAUUCGUAGACAUUGUAGAGACUGGAGGUUGCCUAUUGACUCAGGUAGGCUAACCAAGUGACUGCAGCUUUCAAUCUCGAGCUUUCUUACAUUUGGAAGCUGUUUGAACAUUUCUGGUGGCCAAUCUGGUUUUGCUGCUUCUUUAAUUAUCACAGAACAUAGAUUCAGAAAGCCUUUCGAUUGCAUAGUACUGCCACUAUCAACCUCUUUAAAAUCAAUGCCUUUGCAGUUGCCUUCAAGAGAAGAGAGAUGUGGGAGUCCUUGGGACAGAGACAUUAAUCUUGGGCAAUCUGAUAUCCAUAUGAACUCAAGAGAAAUGAGAUUCUGCAGCCAUUUCUCUGAUAGAGAUGCCAGUUUAUGGACUUCACCAAUACGAAGUUUUUUAAUCUGCAAAGUGAGGAAGGUAAUUCUGCUGUUGACGACUGUGGGGAUAAUAGUUUUUCAUUGACGCCAUAAACAUCUAAUUUUCCAGACUCAGCAGUAGUGGUAUAGACAACAAAUUGGGGAAUCCAAGAUUACCAAGUAAGAAAGGUGAGGAAUUGACGGAAGCAACUCCCUGCAGGCCCCUUCCUUUCCACCCUUUCUUCAAGUUGGGCAUGUUGACAAUCCACAGCUCUGCAAGCACCGGGAAGAAACCACACCUUGAUGUGCUGUUUAUAUCCUGGACUGAAGUUCCUUUGGGGAAGCUACGCUGCUGAUUUUGUUAAUUUUGGUGAUUCUCCUUUCAGAGAGUGUCUAAUGAAUAGGCCAGGGGAGUUCUGAGCGAUGCUGAGAACCUCAUGGAUGGAAAUGUGGACGGGGUUGUGAAGGCUUUUCUUGAAGACUUCAAGAACGGUUCUUUGGAAGCUAAAGGCUGGCCUGCGGUCUUUCUUGCUCACAUUAUCUUAAAAGCAGCCAUGAAUGCUUACACUAGGAUCCUCACCAAGAAGUACCCAAACUUCAUUGUGAAUUCCAUGUGGCUCGGAUUUGUCAAAACGGGCAUUAACUUCAACACUGGCAUGUUGUCAGUCCAGGAAGGCGCUGAAACUCCUGUGGAGUUGGCACUUCUUCCGGAUGGUGGUCCUUCUGGUUGCUUCUUCGUAGGAAAGAAGUGUCAAACUUCUCAUGGAAGAUAACGAUCUUCCUUAUGAAUGGAAAGUCCAUCUCCACAAACUACAUUAUGGACCCCAUCAGAUUAAAUCUAGCUUGUAAAUUAUGGGUCCCUAACAGCUUAAUAUAUCUUGUGUGACGUCUUAAA